GCUUUGGGCAGCAGUCUUGGGGCUGAGGCGUGACUGCGACUUCUCUGGCUGCCGCCUCCUCCUCCGCAGUCACCAAAAUAAGAGAAGUCCGAGGCGGCUUCCUCCUCCCUCCCCAGAGUAGGUAGUAGGGGCAGAGGCGGGUAGCACCUCACUUUCCCCCCUACAUCGCCUCUCCUGGUUGUUGGAAGUUAAGGUUGGCUCGCCCCAGAUCGAGUCACCCGCAGCUGGCUCCCUGGAGACCAGGGCAUCUGGAAUGGGCUGUGUGUUCUGCAAGAAGUUGGAGCCUGCAUCCAAGGAGGAUGUGGAAGGGGACUUCCGGAGCCAAACGGCUGAAGAACGCUAUUACCCUGACCCCACUCAAGGCCGGACUUCGUCCGUCUUUCCUCAGCCCACCAGCCCUGCUUUCCUCAACACUGGCAACAUGAGAAGCAUCUCAGGGACCGGAGUGACCAUAUUCGUCGCCCUGUACGACUAUGAGGCCAGGACAGGGGAUGACCUCACCUUCACCAAAGGCGAGAAGUUCCACAUCCUGAACAAUACGGAGUAUGACUGGUGGGAGGCUCGCUCCCUGAGCUCGGGACACAGAGGCUAUGUUCCCAGCAACUAUGUUGCUCCUGUGGAUUCCAUCCAGGCUGAAGAGUGGUACUUUGGAAAGAUCAGUAGAAAGGAUGCAGAGAGGCAGCUUCUCUCCUCUGGUAACCCCCAGGGGGCCUUUCUCAUUCGGGAAAGUGAGACCACCAAAGGGGCCUACUCCCUGUCCAUCCGUGACUGGGACCAGAACAGAGGCGAUCACAUAAAGCAUUAUAAGAUCCGAAAGCUGGACACGGGCGGCUACUACAUCACCACACGGGCCCAGUUUGACUCCAUACAGGACCUGGUGCGGCACUACAUGGAAGUGAAUGAUGGUCUGUGCUACUUGCUUACGGCUCCUUGUACCACCACAAAGCCCCAGACUCUAGGCCUGGCCAAGGAUGCCUGGGAGAUCGACCGUAACUCCAUAGCGCUGGAACGCAGGCUGGGCACCGGCUGCUUUGGAGAUGUGUGGCUGGGCACAUGGAACGGCAGCACAAAGGUGGCAGUGAAGACGCUGAAGCCGGGCACCAUGUCCCCGAAGGCAUUCCUGGAGGAGGCACAGAUCAUGAAGCUGCUGAGGCACGACAAGCUGGUACAGCUGUAUGCGGUGGUGUCGGAGGAACCCAUUUAUAUUGUGACAGAGUUCAUGUGCUAUGGUAGUUUGCUGGAUUUCCUAAAGGAUCGAGAAGGUCAGAACUUGAUGCUGCCCCAUCUAGUGGACAUGGCUGCCCAGGUAGCUGAGGGCAUGGCCUACAUGGAACGCAUGAACUAUAUCCACCGAGACCUGAGGGCAGCCAACAUCCUGGUGGGGGAAUACCUAAUAUGCAAGAUCGCUGACUUCGGGCUGGCACGCCUCAUAGAGGACAAUGAGUAUAACCCCCAACAAGGAACCAAGUUCCCCAUCAAGUGGACAGCCCCAGAGGCCGCCCUCUUUGGCAGAUUCACUGUCAAAUCAGACGUGUGGUCCUUUGGGAUUCUGCUCACUGAACUGAUCACCAAGGGCAGAGUUCCCUACCCAGGUAUGAACAACCGGGAAGUGUUGGAACUGGUGGAGCAUGGCUACCACAUGCCGUGCCCUGCAGGAUGCCCUGCAUCCCUGUAUGAGGUCAUGGAGCAGGCCUGGCGCCUGGAUCCUGAGGAGAGGCCCACCUUUGAGUACCUGCAGUCUUUCCUGGAAGACUAUUUCACGUCCACAGAACCACAGUACCAGCCUGGAGACCAGACAUAGCCUGACUGGGCAUCAUUGACCCUCUGGGAGUAUGUACUUGCUCUUGCCAAUCCCCCGGGGCACUCUGGUCCCAGUGCCCGAGACUUGGAACCCCUGUGGAAUCCUAGCACAGGAUCAGAGAAGGUCCGAUGCUCUGAAGCCAUUUUAUAGAGGGUGCAAAUGGAGACGAGAAAUUCAUCUCUUACCUCCUCUGACCCCAAGUGUUCUUUCUUCCUUUCCCACCCAUGCCCCAUCCAAAAAUCUAGGGCAUCCCACUCAUUUCACAGAUGAAGUAAGUGGAUGCUCAGAGCUCCUCUCUCGAACACUCUGACCCCAGUACCACUUUUCCUGUCCCAUUAGGCUCCGACAUACCGUUAGUCUCUCUCCCCAUCUCCUAAAAAUACUCAUCCUUUGUCUAGUUAUUUAUAAAACUGUAUUUCUCUUCUUCCACUUAUCCCUUAUUCCUGCUUUCCUACCUCCUAUCAGCCCGCUCCAGCCCAAACCCUAAGAAUUUAAUUCUUAGCAUCUCUUGAGUUUCUCUACAUUACAAAAGCAGGUGACAUCUUUGCUUGAUUCUCCA